AUGGAAGAUGCUGCAGCUCCCUCUAGCGGCCACGAGGCCCCAGGGGCCCAGGCACGUGCCGGGGCGGCCCGGGAGGGCGUGUCCCAUCCGGGCCUUCCGGUGCCGGAACCCCCCGGGGCGUCUUCGAGGGGCGUCAGCGGGUCCCCGCGUGAGGCUUCGGGCCCGGCCUCCUUCCCGGUGGCCCCCGGGCCGGCCCACCUCCGCACGGCAGGCUGGAGGCAACCCGAGCCCGCCGAGGGAGGGCACCGACCCAGCUCGGAGCGGAAGAGGAGCCGCGACAGCUGGACCAAGCAGAUCGUCUGCAGGUAUUACCUCCAUGGGCAGUGCAAGGAGGGGGACGGCUGUCACUACUCGCACGACCUCUCUAGGAGGCAGAAGGCCCGGGGGGGACGAGGUGCACCAGCUCAGGCCUCUGCCCGCAGAGGCCCCAGCACGGCUGCGCAGCGCGAGCCCCUGGCUCGGGAGACGGUGGCGGAACCCCCACCUGCUACCGCAUCCUCAAGCUCCCUGUCUUUGAUUGGCUCGGCUGCCGCUCGGGGCUGCCCUGAAGCCAAGGGAGACCGCGCAGAUGCAGGAGCUGCCCGCACCGAGCCCCCAGGUGCAGAAGGUGCCCGUGCGCAAGGCUGGGUGGGUGCAGCGGAGUUUGUUCCUGGACAGCCCUACCGAGGUCGCUUGGUUCCUCCUGGCCCUCAGCUUCCUCUACCGAGGCCGGCGCCUGUGAGAGCGCAGAGGGCCGUGGAUGCAGGGAUGCCGCUUUGCCGCUACGCUGUCAGGGCCCAUUGCUUUCGCGGGGAUACCUGCCCCUACCUGCACGGAGAUGCAUGCGACAUGUGUGGGCUACACACCUUGCACCCUGCGAAUGCUGCUCAGCGGGACGAGCAUUUCAGGGAGUGCAUCGAAGCACACGAAAGAGAUAUGGAGCUCUCUUUCGCUGUGCAGCGCAGCAUGGACAAGGUGUGUGGCAUCUGCAUGGAGGUUGUCUAUGAGAAAUCCGACCCCAAGGACCGCCGCUUUGGCAUCCUUUCCAGCUGCAGCCACACCUACUGCCUCAGUUGUAUCCGCAGGUGGAGAAGUGCCACACAGUUUGAGAACAGGAUCAGUAAGUCGUGCCCACAGUGCAGGGUGCCAUCCAGCUUUGUUAUCCCCAGUAACCUCUGGAUUGAGGAGGAGGAGGAGAAGGAGAAGCUUAUCCAGCAGUAUAAGGAAGGAAUGCGCAAUAAGCACUGCCGGUAUUUUGCUCAAGGCAGGGGUCACUGCCCUUUUGGCGUGUUCUGUUUUUACAAGCAUGAAUACCCCGAAGGCUGGGGAGAUUUCUAUCAGAGGCCAGAUGAAGGCGAUGAUGGAGGCGGCGGAGGUGGAUCGGCCAUCACUUACUGGCAUCAAGUUUUGGAGCCUGUGCGGGUGCGAGAGGUCUACAUGCCCCUUAAAUGCCGCAAAAAGGAGCAUGUCUUGUUCCGUCUGGCCAGUCAGUUGUUGAAGAAGUUUCUUUCACUGAGAGCUGAUGUUUCCUUCUCUCAUGAUGAGCUGCUCCUGCUUCAUUAUCAGCUGGAAGAAUAUUUCUAUUUCUACCUGUAA